AUGGCCUCAGGUCCAUCUAUGCCUUUUGAAAUAAAGUAUGCCAAAGCAUCUGACCUCAGUGCCUUCGUGAGCGUUGAAAUUUGCUCUUUUCCCUCGUCCAAUUAUAUGCGCAGCACGUAUAAGGGAUGUGAUCCAUUGGCAGUUCACAAAUUCAAAACGGUGUCUUCCCUCGAGUAUUUCGCCAAGUCCGAGUGCCAUAUUCUAGCAGGUGUCGACUCUAAAGCCGGUGAUAUCAUCGCAUACUGCCGCUGGAAUAUACCAGCUAUUUACGGGUUCGAAAGAGGUGUGGGCACAAGUCUGAACAAUGAUGCGCAAGCGCGAAUGCAGAAUAUGUGGGCGUAUGCCCCAAAGUUGAAUAAGGGUAUCUACACGUUCUACGAGGAAAUGUCCUUGAACUACUCUGCGUCUUACCAGAAUACCAAAGAAUUGGAAUAG